AUGGCAGAGGGAACUCUAGCUUCCGCCGUGGCCGUUGUUGCUCAGCCUGAAGAAUCAGAGCAAGAACCAGCGCAUGCUUCACCAGAGACCGGGCAUAAGAGACGUCCAUCCUCGAUCUCAGACUCGGGGAGUAAGCGACGACGUACCAGCGACGGCUCUCCGUCUGACUCACGUCGAUCUCCCUCCCAACAUGCCACGGAUCCAGACUCGAGGCGGCCUGCUGCUGCUCCUGCGAGAAGAGGAGGUUUCGUUGCAGAGGAACGCAAGCGCAGCAAAAGGCUUUUUGGCGGACUGCUGGGAACGCUCUCCCAGAGCUCUUCGAAUACAGCACAGAAGCGUCGGGCUGAUAUCGAGCAACGCCAGCAAGCGAAACUUCGAAUGCAGGAUGAACGGCAUACUGAGGCUAAACAGAAGAAGAAGGAUGAUAUUAUAGCUGAGAGACGCUUGCAACAAAAGGAACUCGACCGAGGGGCAAUGACUGCGAAACACAAGAACUUGCUACAAACGGCAAAUUUCUUGCGGACAAAGACACAUCCUAUCCUGCUGUGGCUUCCAUUUCAAUUACGACCUGAAGACGACGAUAUUAUCGACAAGCAGAUUGAGGAAGCAAAGGAGACUAUUGCCAAAGAAGAAGCCGAAUUUGAGGAGCGAUGGCAUGGUAAAGAUGAAAAAGAAGACAGUGAGCGAGAUACAGACAACAAAAAUGCACCACCAGACGAUGCAACGCAAGAAAACGACGGGCCAAAACAACACGACCCCGAAGAGUCUAGCACACAAAAUGCAAAUGACAACACGAAGCUAGAGCCAGAACCUGCAGCGGAAGAGCCUGUUUCUUCUGGCAACAACGAAGAAGAAAAAGAUGGCAGUGCAGCCCCGACUGGAACGUCUCAACGCAAUGAAGAUGAGGGAGAAGAAGUCAUGGAAGAAGACAAGGAAGACAUGCUCAAGUUGAUCCGUACCAAUUCAAUCAACUUCAAGAAACAGCUUUCAAAAAUGGCUUCCAAGGUUGACAAGAUUAAUUACACGAAUGACUCUCGCGUUGAACGACGCUCCGUCAUCUUGAACGGACGGAAUUACAGCUAUCUGUAUGGCGAGCCAGCAUCCGGCAAAUGGAAAGCUACAAUUUUCUUUCUUCAUGGCUUUCCAGAUUUGGCUGUAGGAUGGCGCUAUCAAAUCCCUCAUGUCUUGCAACUCGGCUUCAGGAUCGUUGCUCCUGACCAACUGGGCUACGGUGGAACUGAUGCUCCUGUAGACCCCAAAGAGUACGCAUACAAAAAAAUAGCUGCCGACUUCAAACAACUUGCCACUCAGCUGGGUGAAUCGAAGAUCAUUCUGUGUGGCCAUGACUGGGGUGCAGCAUUGACGUAUGCAAUCUACCACCAUCAACGGGAUCUGAUCUCACACAUUAUCACUGUUUGCGUGCCAUAUGGUCCUCCGCGAGCCAAAUUUAUUUCACUGGACGACAUCGUUGCCAACUUAUUUCCUCACUGGGGCUAUCAGCUGCAAUUCCGAUCCGGUGAGGUUGAAAAAGUUGUCCACACAAAAGAGGAAAUCGGACAAUUCUUACUAGCUUUGUAUGGUGGCAAGACGUCUGCUGGAGAAUGGGGGUUUGAUCCAAGGAAGGGCAUCGCUCUCGACAAAAUAGGCCAAUUUCAACCUUCGCGGGUCUUAAACGGCGAGGAUCUCGAGUUCUACGCAAAUGAAUAUACCCGUCAUGGUGUUAAUGGCCCGCUGAACUGGUAUCGCCUUACGGAGAUUAACCACACAGACGAGAAGCAAUAUGUCUCUCAACCAAACAUUGAGGUUCCGCUGCUUUUCAUCCAGGCUCUCAAAGACCUCGCUCUGCCCCCUUCUAUGGGCAAAUCAAUGCAGAAGUAUGUCCCCAACAUGACAUUGGACCAGGUCAACACGUCGCAUUGGGCGUUGACUGAGGACCCUGAGAAUGUUAAUCGCAUCAUUGGUGGAUGGCUUGGCAAGCAGUUUUCCCUGGAUGGACAGAGCAAAUUAUAG